AUGGAUGUUGCUAAUGGUAACGAAGAGGUUGAGCCUGAAUACAACAAUGGCCACCUCCCAAACAGUCCGUCGAAUAACACCGAUGUAAAUUCUAUCGAGUACUACGAAAACCGGCCCGAAGACCUGGCCUCUAUUGUACCGGUUGGUUCUGAGGGUGCAAGAGUCAAAUUGCUCUCCUAA